ACAUCUAUAUUAACUUGCAUGAUUAUUUGAGCUUCUUAAGAGCUUGUGAAUAAGUUGAGGAAAUAAUUAAGCCCACUUCACCAACUAAUGGAGCAGAAAAGAUUUUCUCUUGUCCAUGUAUCCAGGGAAUUCAUGCCACACCUGAUAAUGGUGUUAGCCCAGGUGGGUUACACCCUCUUGAAUUUUGUUAGUGAAGCCUCCUUCAAUCAUGGGAUGAGUCCCUAUGUGUAUGUAACCUAUCGGCAUGUUGUAGCUGGGGUUGUCAUGUUGCCUUUCGCAUACUUUCUAGAGAGGAAAUUAAGGCCAAAGCUGACAUUUGCUCUCGUGAUGGAAAUUUUUGUGCUUUCACUGUUAGGGAGUAUGUCUCUCAACAUGUACUUUGCAAGCAUGAAGUACACAUCUCCGGCCUUUGUUACAGCCAUGAUCAACACCAUAACUCCACUUACCUUCCUUAUUGCAGUGGCACUCAGGUUUGAGUUUGUUGAUAUUGUACACCCUCGAGGUGUAGCAAAAGUUCUUGGGACCUUGAUUUCCCUUGCUGGUGUAAUGAUCAUGACACUAUACAAGGGACCAAUCAUGAGAAAUUUAUGGCAUCCUCUUAUCCACGUUGAAGGAAAAAGUGCUGAUAUCAACAAAAGCUGGUUAAAGGGUUCCCUCCUUGCAUUUUCAUGCAGUGUUACAUGGUCUAUAUGGUACAUCAUGCAGGCAUCAACAUUGAAAAGAUACCCUGCCCAACUAUCACUCACUACAUGGAUGUGCUUUCUUGGAGCAGCACAAUCAGCUGUUUUGACAGUGAUAGCAGAAAACAACUCUUCAGAAUGGGUGAUCGGGUUCAACAUUGACUUGUGGUCCAUAAUAUAUGGAGGAGUUGUGGCUUCAGGUUUGUUGAUAUACAUUCAACUGUGGGUUACUGAGAAAAGAGGGCCAGUGUUUGUCACUGUGUUCAACCCUCUUUGUGCAAUAUUUGUGGCAGUCGUAGCAUACUUUAUCCUUGCUGAGAAGCUUUAUUUGGGCAGCAUCAUAGGUGCAUCUAUUAUCAUCAUUGGCAUGUACUUGCUGUUGUGGGGCAAAGAAGGUGACCAAGAGGUUCAUAUCAGAACCAAAGGCGAACCACAGUAUGAAGACCCAGAAUGCAGAACACAGUCAUUAACUUUAGCAGGAAACUAAGAAGUGCAUAUCCAAGUUUUGAGAGAAUUAAACAUGUUUCAUGAAAAUUUGUCACCAUAUUCUGGACAAACAUUCUAGUUCAGAAUUGGCUAGAGACUAAUUGCUGUCUAAUCCUCUGAAGUCAGAAAUCAAGUGUAUGUGUUUAGAUACUAGUUGAGUGUAAGGUAAAUAGACUUUCAUCUUUUUGUUGUAUUAAA